GGACACGGAGGAAAUCAGUCAACGCUCUUCACGGUGAUUAGCUGUACUGGAACCAUCUCUGGCUGUAGCCUGUGUCCACACGAAGGAGUGGUGACCAGCGGCAGGCGACGAUCCUGGCACUCCCGGUUUAUUGGAUGGUUUCCCUCCCUGAGAAGACUCAGUGCCUGACUGAUUGGCUAAUGCUUAUCUGUGCAUAAAAAUGCCGGCCUUUGACCAUCUGCGGCCCUUCUACUGGCUGUUCCUGGUGGCAGGAAUGUUACUGGUCUCUUUAAUAAUUGGCUGUAUAUUCCUCUGCAUCAACAAGUACAUCUCCAGGAAAGCAAAAGAGUACAAACCAAAUUUCCCUCAAAAUUCAACCCCCCAAUUUUAUACCCAGAACAGCAAAUACCACCCACAUCAUAUUGAGGAAGACUUACCCCCACUGCCCCCAAGGAAUAUAAAUCUGCAGCCAUCCUUUCCAAGCUACGAGGAGAUCUCGGUCCCGCCGGAUUACAUCAAAGUGGUGGAGGAGACACCACCACCUCCACCCUACCAGCACCAGGAACCAGUAGAGCGGGUGAAGGAGCGCCCAGCGAGUGAUGGAGCCUCCAUGGACUCAUACGAUGAUGUGGUGGCACCAGGCUACGUUAGCGAGGACUACGACGAUGUGGAAUGAUCUUGGGAUCCUUAAGGCUUUCUCUAGACAAGUCCUCAAUGAUACAUGAUCGUGGUUUGGGCCUAAUUACGCUGCAACAAUUUGUAAAGUUUUAACAAUUCUCUAGUGUUUAUAUGGAGACCUUUGUGGAAAUGGACUCGUGGUUCAUUUCAACAGAGGAUGUAAACUGAAUGAAUAUAUGUAUCACCUCUCCAGACUCUUAACAGAAGAUACUACUACUGCUACAGACUUAAUGUCUUCUGUAUGAUACCAUUUGCAAACAGCAGAAUAUGAACUUUAUAGCAAAUGUUUUUAAUAUGCAAGAUAAAUUGUAAGCUUUUAAUAUAUGCUUAAAAUAUAUAGAAAUCCAAAAAAGUCUGAUCUAACCAAACAUCUUCCCAUGGCUACAACUUGCCUCCAGUUUGUUUUGGAAAGUGUUCUGGGUUUUUUUUUUUUUUUUUUGGGGGGGGGGGGGGGUGAUUCACACAUCAUCCCUCCUUCGUGUCCACUAGAAUCUAUAGCUAUGUUUCAAUUUAUCAUUAUGGUAACGAUAACUCAUAUAUAUAUAUAUAUAUUCAUACAACAUAAACAAGUACAGGACUAAAAAAAGCUACCCUCUCUGGAAGUGUUACCCAGCAGGUCUCAAAUCCCCCUGCUGGAUACUUCACUCCAUUACAAGCCAAUGACAAACCCGUACAAUAAGUCAUACAGUUGGCAGAAUGGGUCAGUGAUUUUAAUUUACACUCCAGAUCCAAACAUAUGCGUGGUUCUCAAAAUGUCUAUGUACAACAGGUGAAGUCCAUGAUGACCAUGUACCGUGAUACCAGUGUGAAAGUGCUUGGCUUGGCUGUGUUUGCAUUAACCCACCUCUGUACAUUUUUUCAGGCACUUCUCUGUGCUAAAAAACACCAGCCUGUCCUGCCUUUAUAAACCACACGCUUCCCCCUCUUACUCCCACGCUAUACAGAAAGGGGGGGAGGGAAAGCAAAAGCUUCUGGUCAUCAUUAUUCCCCAAGUCUGAAAACAGUUUUAGAAAAGAAUAAUUUAAUAUUUUCCCCACUAUGUGCUCUAAACUGUCAGGUGGACCAAAUGCACUGCUGUUUCAUACAUCUAAUAAUUAAGCACAGAGAGUGUGUACGUCUGUUUACACCACACACACAUCAACGUUAAACAGAGCACAGACAUUAUUACCUCAAUGAUUUCUCUGCAUUUCACAAGAGACCACUAUCGUGUUAAAAACUCAUCUGUACUCUUAAGAACAGAGCAGAACAAAAUCUGAGCCCAAGAUGAUUUUUUGAGUAGAGGGGUCACUUGACAGAAAGUUAAAAGCACAAUCCUCAUGAUUACACAUUUACAUAUAUUUAUUUGUAAAAAUAAAAGCAAACUUGAAAAAGGCU